UCUCUAUUUAAGCGCGCCAACAAAGACUCUCACAAGAAGUCUAUCUGUACUUUAUCCACCGCACGACACGAAACGGCAGACGGACCCACCGACCCUCUGUUUUUUUCUCUCCAUCGUCCUUGCUAUUAUCCUGACAUAAUGCCAGAGGAAACGUCCACCGCGUCCUGCUCUGGGAGUGCGGAGGAGAAGCCGUGCUCAUCAUCGUCAGCUGCUGCGGCAGACAGCUCUGUUGAUGUCAUGGAGGAGGCAAAGAAACUGAUCGGCACAGGGAACAAGCAUCUUGUGAUGGGAGAUGUUGUUUCUGCUGUCGGUGUGUUCCAGGACGCCUGCAGUAUGCUGGCCGCAAGAUAUGGGGACACUGCAGACGAAUGUGGUGAGGCCUUCUUCCUCUGUGGGAAGUCCCUACUGGAGCUUGCCAGGAUGGAGAACAGUGUCCUUGGUAAUGCCCUGGAGGGAGUCCCAGAAGAGUCUGAGGAAGAGGAGCAGUCAAACAACUCCAAUAUUGAGAGUGCCAACAAUCUUGAUGAAAAAACUAGAGAUGAGCUACGGAAGCAGGUGUAUGAUGCAAUGGCAGAGGAGGAAAAGACUGAGGCGGGCAAGGAAAAUGGUGUAGCCGAGUCCCCAGUCAAACAUGUGAAUGGAUCAGAGGAACCUCAAAGUUCAGUCCAGGUGGCUGAUGUGAAUGGAGAGGAGAAAAGCCCAGGUGCUCCUGUGAAUGGUGUCAAGGAAAGUCUGACUCCUGGAAAAGAAACCAUGAAUGGGGAGAAGACGGAGGCAACGCAAGAGGACUCAAAAGACGAGGAAGCAAAGACGGAUGCUGAACAGGGUGACGAGGAACCUGAGGAUGAUGACGAUGAUGACGACGACGAUGAUGAGGAUGGAGAGACAAAUGGACAGGAUAAGGAAGAAGAUGAAGUUGGGAAUUUACAGUUGGCGUGGGAGAUGCUGGAGGUGGCUAAAGUGAUCUACAAAAGACAAGAAGGCAAAGACGACCAGCUGAUGGCAGCCCAGACAUAUCUAAAACUCGGAGAAGUCAGUGCUGAAUCAGGUAACUAUCCCCAGGCACUGGAAGACUUCCAGGAGUGUCUUUCCCUGCAGCUGAAGCACCUUCCUCCCCACAGUCGUCUGCUGGCAGAGACCCACUAUCACGUUGCCACCACACUGUGCUACAUGGAUCAGUACAGCCAGGCCAUCCAGCACUACAACAGCUCCAUAAAGGUCAUCGAGACCCGUCUGGCCAUGUUGCAGGAGGUGAUCGCUGCAGCAGAAGGAGCAGAUGGGGCAGCGGAAGAGAAAGUUGAGAUGGAGGAGCUGAAGCAGCUUCUGCCUGAUAUCAGAGAAAAGGUCGAGGAUGCCAAGGAAAGCCAGAGAACAGCCAGCACUGCCUCCCAGGCCAUCCAGCAGACGCUAGGUGGAGCCUCAACCUCAUCAGCAUUCCUGUGUGAAAAUGGAGGUUCUUCGUCAUCUUCAGCAUUUACGACAGCCAGCCAAAUCCCAGUGAAAUCAUCUGGCAGUGCCUCAUCUUCCAAAGCCGCCUCAGACAUCUCUCACCUCGUCAGGAAAAAGAGGAAACCAGAGGAGGAGAGCCCAGUAAAGGACACUGAUGCUAAACAAGCGAAACAGGAAGCCUCAGUUAAUGGCAGCGGUGACUCUAGUGCCAGCAACGGCAAUGGAGUCGAGGAGGGAAAAUCACAGGAGCCUGCCAGCCAGUCAUCCGAGGUCAAGUCUUCAGCGUGACCAUCCUCAUCUUUCCUGAUCUACAAAACCAGCACAGCAUGCCUAUCCAGCCCCUCCACCUCCAACACUUUGUUUCUGUAAAUAAGAUCCAUUUUCAUAGACUUGUCUGUCCAGUUUUGUAUACUUGUAGUAAAAGAAUAAAAAAAUAAAAAAAUUUGCAGAUGUAA